AUGCUUCACUCUACAAAAACAGUGGAGUUAUUUGGACUGUUAGGUGGCAUAAACACACUUACAUGUCGAGAUCCUGACAGUAUGCUGGCCAGAAUGUUUGGUGACCAAGAGUUUCAGUGGAGCAGUGCGGUUGACAGCCAGGGAGCAUACUUGAUUGAUCGUAGUGGUCGUUAUUUUGAACCAAUAUUGAAUUAUUUACGCCAUGGUAAACUAAUAUUAGAUGAUGAACUCAAUCCACAAGGUGUUUUAGAAGAAGCCCAUUUCUAUGGUAUGACAUCACUGAUAGAACAACUAGAAGAUUUACUCAAAUCUAAUGAGCCAGCUACUGACCAUACACCAAUGAAAAGAAGAGAGUUUUUAAAUAUUCUGAUGUCAACACCGACUACAUCACAGCUACGUUGCCAAGGUGUGAAUUUUACUGGUGCCGAUCUUUCAAAAUUGGAUCUGCGUUCCAUCAACUUUAAGUCGGCUAAUCUGAGUAAAGCUGAUCUAUCUGGUGCUAAUCUUGCAUUUUGUGCAACAUUGGAUAGAGCAAAUCUGGCAGGUGCAACAUUGGAUGGAGCUAACUUGAUUGGUGUCAAAAUGGUCCUGGCUAAUCUGGAAGGUGCAUCACUACGUGGGUGUAACUUUGAAGAUCCCGCUGGCAGCAAAGCAAAUAUGGAAGGUGUAAACAUGAAGGGUGUUGACCUGGAGAGCAGUCAGAUGGCUGGUGUAAAUUUACGAGUUGCAACCUUGAAAAAUGCUAAUUUACAAAACUGUAAUUUACGCUGGGCUGUACUAGCCGGUACAGAUCUAGAGAACUGUAAUUUAUCUGGUUGUGACCUACAGGAAGCAAAUCUACGAGGUGCCAAUGUCAAAGGAGCUACAUUUGAAGAAAUGGUGACGCCAUUGCACAUGUCACAGUCUGUUAGAUAGUGCUGCGUAUACACACAGCUAAUAUUUGACAUUAAAUCUAAUGGUGUCACAAACACCAUAUCAUUGCAAUAUCAACUCUUUUAUCUGCAUUUAAUGCGUACCGGGUUAGACCAUUUUAUAUAUUUUGCAUUCUUUACUACACCUUGAAUGAGCUUCUUGAACAGUCAAGAUUUGCAUAAUAUAUCUUUUAAGUAUACAAUACGCUCAAUGCAAAUGCAGUUGAACUGGUUGCAGCUAGAGUUUGGUUGUAUGUAAAUAAAAGAGGUCAGGUCAGUAUUUAUCUGAUCAGGUCACCACUGUGUGAAAAUCCAUGUCAUUGAGGUCACCAGAGGUCAGUAUUUAGCUGAUCGGGUCACCACUGUGUGAGAAAUUCAUGUCAUUGAGGUCACCAGAGGUCAGUAUUUAUCUGUUCAUGUCACCACUGUGUGAAAAUCCAUGUCAUUGAGGUCACCAGAUGUCAGUAUUUCGCUGAUCGGGUCACCACUCUAUGGGACACCUGUGUCAUUGGGAUCACUAGAGGUCAGUAUUUAUCUGUUCACAUCACCACUGUGUAAAAAUCCAUGUCAUUGAGGUCACCAGUGGUCAGUAUUUCGCUGAUCGGGUCACCACUCUGUGGGACACCUGUGUCAUUGAGGUCACCAGAGGUCAGUAUUUAUCUGAUCAUGUCACCACUGUGUGAAAAUCCAUGUCAUUGAGGUCACCAGAGGUCAGUAUUUAUCUGUUCAUGUCAAUGUGUGAGAAAUUCAUGUCAUUGAGGUCACCAGUGGUCAGUGUUUAUCUGGUCAUGUCACUGUGUGAGAAAUUCAUGUCAUUGAGGUCACCAGAGGUCUGUAUUUAGCUGAUCAGGUCACCACUGUGUGAGAAAUCUAUGCCAUUGACACUGUGUGGACCAUGCAUGUAAUUUAGGUCACCAGAAGUCAGACUACCAAUUGACAUUGCACCAAGGUGUAAAUAUAUAAUAUAGUGGUGUAAUGGUAUAGAAUAGUGGUAUAAAUGUAAUGUAUUGUACCAGAGUGAUUAUAUGCGGGAAAAGUGUGUAAUAGUGGUGUUAAGUAGAAGGGUAUAAAUACAAUACAGAAUGAUAUUAACUAGUAGUGUGAAUUUAUAUUAUGCAGAUAGUGGUAUAAAGGAAUUAUUACUAAGGUAUAGUUGUAUCAAAUAGUCUUCCACUGACAGAAGAGUGAUUUACAGACUAGGACAUGCUUUAUUUAAAUAAUAUAUCAGAAUAAGGAAGCAUUUUAUUUGUUAAUGGAAAUUUAACAAAAAACAACCAGAUGUAUUUAAAAAAAUAGAUAAACCACCCCUUAUUUUCUUUUAAAUUAUGAAUACACAAUUUUAGGAGUUUUCUUGUAGUACGAGGCCUUAAAGGUUUGUGUUGUUGGCAUUGAUAACAAAGAAAUAAAGCUUGUG